AUGAACUCUGUCAGUGUCCCCGGUUUAGUUGCCCAACUCCGCGGUCGAGCAACGUUAGCACGAUAUAACUAUGCCACUGUCUUUGUUCACCACUUCAGCGGCAUCGGCUACGUCCACCUGCACGAAUACAAUGACGCCGAAGCUGUUGUCGAAGCCAAAUCCCGUUUCGAACAAUUUGCCCAAUCUUUCAACGUUGGGAUCAAGCAUUAUCACUGCGACAAUGGGAUCUUUGCCGAUAAAACCUACAAAGCGGCAUGUGCCGCAAACAACCAAAGUAUCAGCUUCUGUGGUGUCAACGCCCACCAUCAAAGCGGAAUCGCCGAAAAACGCAUCCGUGACCUUCGAGACUCGGCCAGAUCCAUGCUACUCCUUGCCAAACACAACUGGCCCGACGCCAUCUCCACCCACCUCUGGGGAUUUGCGAUGAAUUAUGCCUCCACAAUUCGCGCCUCCACUCUUCGAGAGGGAGAAACGAGAACACCGCUCCAGAAAUUCGCCCAAACCUCCGAACCACCUCCAGUGAACCGUUUCCACACCUUCGGAUGUCCGGUCUACACACUGGACCCUGACCUGCAGAGCGGCAACGCACAACCCAACAAAUUGACAGAUCGAUCCAGAGUCGGAAUCUUCCUAGGCUUCUCCAGAGAACACGCAUCCACAGUGUCAUUGGUACUUAACCCAAUCACUGGACUGACAUCUCCCCAAUUCCACGUGAAACAUGAUGACAGAUUCGAAAGCACGAAACAUCCUAUCAUGAAAGAAGCAGGGAAAUGGCAGGAAAUCACCCAAAUUCAUCGGGUGAGAAAGAAGAAAAAUCAACGAGCACCGAUUCUUCAGAGGGAGCUUCCUCAACAAGAGGUUUCUCAGAGGGAGCUACCCAAAAUCAACGAACUCUAUCCACUUGAGGAUCCACAAAAUGAGGAUCCGAAUCCAUCGGCAGCGUCCAAGCAAGGACCACAAGGUACUCUCAAUCGCGGAGAUUUGCAGACCCCUCCUACAGUCCCAGUAGACAAGGAGGCAGACGAAUCGAGAGCUCCAGUUCCAACAACAGGUCGAGAUAAAAACGGAACGAAAUCUUCCUUGGAACGGCAAAAGCAGCAGCAUCUGCAGCCAGAGGAAGUGAGGGCGACUUUACAUGCAAAGAUUAAAAGACAACAAGUCAAGCGAAAAUCCAAGCAAACCCCCCAAAAGAAGUCCAAAAAGAGAAAGAUCCAAAAUGGAUCACGCAGCACUUCGACGGAAGACGUGAUAAACGGUGACAGCAUCAGCGGCAACAACAUUCCAGAGGGAGCCAAAGCACCCUCAAGCACUCUUUCAGAGGGAGAAGAAUCUCCAGAGGGAGCCAGAGCACCCUCAAGCACUCUUUCAGAGGGAGAAGAAUCCCCCACGCCAGUUCAAAGAAGCGCCAUAACUGCGGCCACCAUCCUGGACGAAAGAAGGAAAGAAAUGAAGUUGGCGCUCCACACCUAUUACACUUCCACAGCAAGACGGAUCCAUGCCGACGAAAUCGCGGAUGAGUCCAUCGCCAGCAACCCCAUGGCCUUCUCUGCAACCCUCGCAGACGAAGACACAAUGUAUCUGCAUCAAGCUCAAAAGCAGAAAGAUUGGAAACAAUUCAGCAAAGCCAUGGGAAAAGAAAUUCAAGAUCAUACCGAGGGAAAACAUUGGGAAGUGAUCGAGAGAACAAAAGUGCCAGAAGGACACAAGAUAAUGCGUGGUGUUUGGUCUAUGAAACGAAAACGACGUGUUGCUACCGGACAGAUCUACAAGUGGAAAGCACGACUUUGCGUUGACGGAAGUUCGCAAGAGAAAGGAGUCAACUUUUGGGACACAUAUUCUCCUGUCGUAACGUGGGAAAGUGUGCGAAGCCUGCUAACUCUGGCCAUUAUGAACAAAUGGACAACGAGACAAAUUGAUUUUGUGUUAGCCUUUCCCCAAGCAAAAGUCGAAUGCCCGAUGUACAUGGAAAUUCCCCAAGGCUGCAACGUAGAUGGAAGCAGAGACACCCACGUGUUAGAACUAAAGCAAAAUUUAUAUGGGUCCCGCCAAGGAUCUAAAAUCUGGUUCGAUUUCACUUGCAAGGGAUUACAAAAACGAGGUUUCAAACAGUCGAAAACAGAUAAAGCGGUUUUCUACAAAGGCAAAACCAUUUUUAUCCUAUAUGUUGACGACGGAAUCUUGAUCGGUCCCAACGCAGGCAAAAUUGAUGACAUCAUCAACUCUCUCCAAAAAGACUACAAACUAACAGACAAAGGCGACCUCAAUGAAUAUCUUGGAAUCAAGAUGGAACGCCGCAAGGAUGGAACCAGAUGGCUAACACAACCUACCCUGAUCAAACGGAUCCUCAAAACGGUCGGAGUCAACGAACAGAGACCACCUGGAAAACGACUCAUGCGCACCCCAGCGACCAAAGUGUUACACAAGGACAUCGGUGGACCGCCAAGACGACACAAUUGGGACUAUCGCUCAGUUGUCGGAAUGUUGAACUGGCUAACUCGUUCCACUCGACCAGACCUUAUCUUUGCAGUUUCACAAGUUGGACGAUUCAUGGCAUUGCCAAAGAAAUCUCACGAAAACGCCAUCCUUCGUAUCUGCCAAUAUUUGCGUGAUACCCAAGACAAAGGAAUGUUAAUGCGCCCUCAACGAACGGGUUUCCAAGUCUAUGCCGACGCCGACUUUGCUGGCGGAUUCGUCAAGGAACACACCGCUGAUCCAAACACUGCAAAAUCACGGUCCUGCUACUUCAUCAUGUUCAACAAUUGCAUGAUCUUUGCACACAGUAAACUCCAAACUGAAGUCGCACUGUCCACUACUGAAGCCGAAUAUAUCUGCCUUUCACAAUCAAUACGGACCGUCCUGGUACAAAUGAGAUUCUUCAAAGAGAUUGCAAAACGCAUAAAAUCCUUUCGCUAUACCAAACCGGUCAUCAAGUGCACGGCCUUUGAAGAUAACAAAGGAGCCAUCGAACUGGCAAAAGCGCCCAAGCUACGGCCCCGAACGAAGCACAUCAACAUCAAAUAUCAUCAUUUUCGCGAAGCAGUUGCGCACGGUCUAGUGAACCUCGAACAUGUCGACACAGGAGAACAGUUAGCCGACAUUGGCACCAAACCACUCGAUGGACCCACAUUCGAAUAUUUGCGACGACUCCUUAUAGGUUGGUAA